AGCAAAGUUUCUGGCCUAUUCUACAUACCAUGGGGACCAGAGGAGUAAUUGGGGACAAGUGGUCCAUGAGAAUUCUUUGGGCUUGUGCUAUUGGAAGUGCUGUCGGCCUGUAUAUGGUUGCUGUAGAAAGGCAAACACAAAACAGGGCGAGGAUGCUGGCUGAAGAACUAAGGGCAACGGAGUCAGGGGGGAGCAAUGGCGAAGACAGCUGAACUAUAUUACGCUAUAUUUUGUGAUAAUUAUGUAGUAUCAUAGAGCAUAUGCAAAGUGUUUCCUUAUGAUUUUAAAGGUUUAAGCAUCCUUUCUCCAUUUGCUAAUAGUAUAGAGAAUUUUACCUUUGGGGAAAUAUUCAAGUGGAUUUUCAUUUCAAAUGCGUUAUGGAAAGAAUUGAAAUAAGCUUUCUAACCACAUUUUUAACAUUUUAGCAAAUUAACUUAUCAAGUUACUUUUAAA